AUGGAUAUUGGACAAAUGAAAUGUUCCUCGAACUAUGGAAAGCCUCCAUGGGUAUUCAAAGGCAGUGCGUUGUAUCAAUUCCAUCUUGUCAAAGCAGCAACUGUUCGUGCAUGCAUCCCAAAAGAGUUCAGAUUAGUUGAAGCAUUUGGGUAUACCCUUGGUGGCUUCUUUCUUGCCAACUAUGAUGACAGUCCAGCUGGAGUCUUUGAUGAGCUCGUUGUAAUUGCUGGACUUGUAUGGAGCCCACCAACAUCUUGCGCAUGGGCAGCUAAGGUGCUGGUGAAUAGUGAUGAAGCUUGUGAUCAUGGACGAAAGGAAGUGGGGCUUCCAAGUCACGUUGCGAGGUUUUCUAAGACAAUUACAGCAGUUUCAGGGAAAUCAAAGAGCAAAAAUAUUGGAUUUCUAAAUGCAAUUGGCAUGAAUGCUGUUUUCUGUGAACCAAGAGAUUGUGUGGAUGUUCAAGUGACUGAAAUCAACGAUCCAACUGUAAAAGAUAUCUGUAAUAUCAACCUUACCACUUUUGUGCCUGCAUCAAAUAUUGGCAACUGGAUGGGGCCAGCGAUCAAAAUGUCACUUCCAAGUUUUAGCGGCCGUACAGAAUAUUAUCCCAACCUUCUCAAGUACUCUUGCCAGAUUGAGUGCAGGGUGCGAGCAGUGCAUCCAGCAAAGGUAUCAGGACCACCUUCGAUGCCAAAGAGCGAGGCAGAACAAUCUUCAGAAAUCCAUCACGCGACAGAAGAAUUCGUGGAUAAUGGCAAGAACCUCUGUGUAGCUGUGAUGUCAUCAAAGCCUAUAUUGGCAUUAAAGUUCAGUUGUAUGAAAAUGCAGGUUGAAGCUCCAGUUGUAGUUCCCAACAGCUUUAACAACUCUCUAGCAACCUCUUGA